AUGAGUGGAAUCUUCACCACCUGUCGGUCGUGCCUGUCGGCCGUCGACCAAUGGUGUCAUAUCUCCGCCUGCUUGGGCGCCGGCCGCUCUCGAGAUGGCAUCUACGAAGCCACCCUCGCCGAUAGUGAACGGGAAGCCGUCUCGGACCUGCUCAGCUAUCUGGAAAAUCGCAACGAAACCGACUUCUUCGACGGAGAACCGCUGCGAGCUCUGAGUACCCUCGUUUAUUCCGAUAACGUCGACCUACAACGCAGUGCGAGCUUGACAUUCGCCGAGAUCACGGAAAGAGAUGUGCGCGAAGUCGACAAAAACACCCUCGCACCCAUUCUAUUUCUUCUCCAGAGCUCCGAUAUCGAGGUUCAAAGAGCUGCCAGCGCCGCGCUUGGUAACUUAGCUGUAAAUGCUGAAAACAAGGUCUUGAUCGUCGCCCUCGGAGGGCUGGCCCCUCUAAUCCGCCAAAUGAUGUCGCCCAAUGUGGAGGUGCAAUGUAACGCGGUCGGUUGUAUAACGAACCUGGCAACCCACGAGGAGAACAAGGCCAAGAUUGCUCGCUCGGGGGCGCUCGGUCCUUUGAUCCGCCUGGCUAAAUCGAAGGAUAUGCGCGUGCAGCGUAAUGCGACCGGCGCACUGCUCAAUAUGACACAUUCUGACGACAACCGACAGCAACUCGUCAAUGCCGGUGCCAUUCCCGUCCUCGUCCAACUUCUCUCGUCGCCUGAUGUCGACGUUCAAUACUACUGCACAACCGCUCUGAGCAACAUCGCCGUCGACUCGACCAAUCGAAAACGUCUCGCUCAAACGGAGGGCCGUUUGGUCCAGUCCUUGGUCCAUCUCAUGGACUCAUCCACCCCCAAGGUCCAGUGUCAAGCGGCACUCGCUCUGCGCAACCUCGCCUCCGAUGAGAAAUACCAGCUGGAGAUUGUUCGGGCAAAGGGACUUUCUCCAUUGUUGCGACUGCUCCAGUCCUCCUAUCUUCCUCUUAUACUCUCCGCCGUUGCCUGUAUCCGCAAUAUCUCCAUUCACCCGCUAAAUGAAUCCCCGAUCAUCGAAGCCGGCUUCCUCAAGCCUCUGGUGGAUCUCCUUGGAUCAACUGACAACGAGGAGAUUCAAUGCCAUGCCAUCUCAACUCUCCGCAACCUCGCGGCUAGCUCUGAUCGCAAUAAAGAACUCGUUCUACAGGCUGGGGCAGUUCAGAAGUGCAAGGACCUCGUUCUGCGAGUCCCACUGACCGUUCAAUCCGAAAUGACCGCUGCCAUCGCUGUGCUGGCUCUCAGUGAUGAUCUCAAGUCUCACCUUCUUAACCUCGGCGUCUUCGACGUCUUGAUACCGCUGACCAAUUCGGAGAGUAUUGAGGUCCAAGGGAACAGUGCGGCUGCCUUGGGCAACCUGUCUUCCAAGGUGGGAGACUACUCAAUCUUUGUACGUGACUGGGCCGACCCGAAUGGCGGAAUUCAUGGCUAUCUCCAGCGAUUCCUCGCCAGUGGAGACCCGACCUUCCAGCACAUUGCCAUCUGGACUCUUCUUCAACUGCUCGAGUCCGAAGACAAGAAGCUCAUCGGAUAUAUCUCCAAGUCCGAUGAUAUUGUACAAAUGGUGAAAUCAAUCUCUGAUAAGAACAUCGAGUCGGAUGAGGAGGAUGCAGACGAUGGUGAGAGUGAGGUCAUCGCUCUCGCGCGGCGAUGCCUGGAGCUUCUGGGAGCCGGUCCUAAGCAGACCCUGAUCGAAGCAUAA